GGUAGCUAACAGUUAGCUAGCAUUUUCGUAAUUUGGAAAGAUGGCAGGGGACCUGCGAGGCUUCGCGCUGGAGAAAGCCGAGAUGCUCUCCGGCCGUGUGAAGGAGCUCCUGUCGGCGGGACAGGGCUACGUCCGGGCUCAGCUCGGGGUGGACCUGGGUCUGAAGCCCGAGCUGUACCCGACCUGGGUCGUCCUGUCCACGGCCGCCGCGGGGCUGCUGCUGCUGCUAGCCCUGUCCUGGGCCGCCGUCUGUGGACGUGGACACCCGGGGAAGAAGCGAGGAGCCCCGGGGACCCAGGCCGAGCCCGAGCCCGUGAAGGCUGACGUGGCUGUAGCUGCGAAGCCAGAAGAACCGAGGAAGAGGAACAAGAAGAAACCCGGGGAGAGGGCUCCGCAGGCCGCGGUAACGAGCUGUCGAGUCACGAAGACUCAGUCUAAUGGGCAGCCGGUGACAGUCGCUCAGGAGGAAGUCAAAGUGACUGCGGUGGUUUCCAAGCAGGCUCCCAAGGCCAAAGCGGGGAAGGUUGUUGAGGUGCAGGCCCCUGUGCAGGUGAAAAAGAACAAGAAGAAACUGAAGACGGACGUGAAACCAGUUCAGAUUGUGUCUAAAAAGGAUUCAAAGGAGCCUGAGGAUGGUGCAUGGGAGACCAAAGUCAGUGCCCGUGAGAAGAAGCAGCAGCGCAGGAAGGACAAAGGCCCUGAGGACUCUGGGAGCUCAGGAGGUGUCGAGGUCCCCAAAUCCCAUGUGACAACAGCUGCAGCCCCGACCAACAGCAAGAAGCACAGAGGAAACCAUGAGUCGCUGCCUCCAAGAACCAGUGGCAAGGUGGAUACAGCCAGUGCAGCUGGUAAAGCGUCCUCCAGCUGGCGAGAGGAGCCUUCAGUUAACGGCGUAGGAUGGACCGACAGUUCUCUGAAGAUUCAGGGUCAGAUGGGUGCCAUGGAUGGAGCCAAGUGGAGGAACGUGCCCUCUGCUCCGCAUUACCGGGGCCCAGCUGAGCACCAGCGCUGGACACAGGAAGCACAAGCAGCAUGGAGUGGCAUUGAUGGUCGGAUAAAGACUGAACUCAACCCCGUGUCCUUCCCCAUGCGAGGACUCAACACCUCAGACCCAAUAUCCAAUUCAAUGGAGAUGCAGUGGGCGAGCAACCCACCCGUCGAUGAUGAAUGGUCUGGUUACAAUGGGCAGGCAGCAGCGGACUCCGCCUCUGACUGGAAUGCCCCAGCGGAGCACUGGGGCAACUAUGAAGAGCCUCCUGUGUUGGUGAAAGCAGCCGCUCCCCUGAAGGAACAGCCUGCCCCCAACAAGGUAUCUGAGGAUGAUAAGGAUGCCGAGGAUUCCUCUGGGGGAGCAGCAAAGUCCAAGAAGAAGAGGAACAAGAAGAAGAAAGCAGAAGAGGAGGCUGCAUCCGAGGCUCAGGUGGUGAGCACAGCACCCCUGGUUAACGCAGCUCCCAAACCCCAAGAGCUUCCUGUGAUGGCCUCCAAAAAGCCCAAUCCCAGCAUAUCUUCCGCUCAGAAGAUGUCCGAGCAAAUCGCGGAGCCACCGAAACCUUCUCAGAAGAAAAAAGUCAGACGGGAAACAUGAAUUCACAUCACAGGUUCCAACUAAACAUAUGCAAACGAUUGUUAUUAAAUAUAUCACAUGCAAUAAUUUCUAGGUACAGAGUUUGUUUCUGAGCUACAUUAACAGUUUACCAGUGACCUGAACAAAACAGAAAAUAAACAGUAGAUAUCACCUGCUUGGGUAAAUGUAGUAAUGAAAUCUGGUCCUGUGGACUGAAAUCUUAACUAAUUUGCACUAUUUGCUACACUGCAGCCAGAGUGGAGUUUCAGGACAGCUAGACCCGCAGUGUAGGUACAUGUUUAUGUAGUUGUUUUUUUUAAUGGCAUCAAAAGGGUUUGGUUAUCAUUGUUAAUCCCAAAAAACAGACAUAUUUUUCUUUUAAUUAUUGUUUUAAAGAGAACCAUACAUUUUUAUUCCCCAUGAGUUGCACUUUGUUUUUGUUAUUCAUGUCUGCCUGUAUAUCAAAUUACUGAAAUGUGUUCAUCAGGUAGAGUCUCAGUUCCGUCUAAAUGGUUUGGUUGGGAGUUUUCGGAGGUUUAUUGAAAUACAACGUUUACAGGCUUGUACAUAUAUUGACAGUUAUCGGUCGCUGUAAUCAUGCCUCCUCUUCAUUCUGGGCAGGAUGUUACACCAUCACAGAGCAACUAUGAGACAAACUCGUCUUUACUGUACAAAAAUGCAUUUUUCCAUUUACCCAAAGCUAAUACGAGGUUUCAGCUAAGUUACUAUGAGCAAAAUUCAUGUAUUUUCCUUGCUGAGCUUUGGCAGAGGGAUUCUUCCUGGUUGUUGCAUGUUGGUUUGUUGUCAGGACAACAUACAUGUAAAAAGAAAUUAGAUCAUUCGGUUGUUCAUACUGCUGGGGGCCUCCCAUCCGUUUUCGCUGAACUUUACAGCACUUAUGUUGGCUCUGAAAAGCAUUGCUACAAGACUUGUAUGAAGAAGUAAUUUUUACAGCUAACCAUAACACUUCCUAUGUACACACGAUAACGAUUGGAAUACAUCCAAACCUGACCUUUAAAUUAAUUUUCAUUGAUAUCUAUUAACUACAAAUUAUCGACUGUUUGCUGUUUAGUUUGUAAAACCUCCUACAUGAAGAUGGCAACUGUGGACCUGUUGAAUUCAGGAAAAAACAUCUUAGCCAUAGAAAAAUCUACACAAUCUCUCUUAAAGGGUAAUAAUUGGAUCCAAACACUUAUAAUUUUGCUAAACUGUGGUAAAAUACACUUCUGCCUCUUUAGGUAGAGGAAUAGCAAAGACACUGGCUGCGAAUUAAACCAUAUUAUGUUAAACUGUGAUUUUAAAAAAUGCUGAAAAAGUAAAAAAUUAAAUCGGAUAAUUUAGCUUUACUUAAUUUGUAAAACUGAUUCUGAAUUGGCACUGGGACUCUUCAGGCGAGAGUGCAGUAACUGAUGUGAACCACUAGGAGGCAGUGUAACGUUCAGGAUUAGUGUGAUGAUCCCAGAAAGCAGUAGCACUAUUGAGAAUUGUCCCUUUACUUUUACCAUUCUGAACUUGUCCGUCCUCAUCUGAAGAGACUGGGCGUUGAUUUUUCUAGAGAUUGACCCCCCCGUUCCUGCACUCUCUCUCACUGCUCUCUCUCCUCUGGUUUUUUAGAGCUACUAUCUUCCGGUUUUUGUGCUAGAAAAAGCCAUGCCAUAUGUACAGAUUGUAAGGGCUUUUUCCAGGUCUGUGAUUGCACUGUGCAAAAGGCUGCAUUGAUUUCCUUUUGAUGUCAAUGGAUUGUUUGGGUUUUUUUACUACCUUUUUCUGUGGAAUGUGAAACUUGUAACUUUUGUUUCUUGAUUGAGAAUGAAAACAUACACAGAGAUAUGGUAUGGAGCAGCUUUAAUUCCACAUGGCAGUUGGACUUAGGAAACACACACUCAUAUACACACACACACAAUUACACACAUACAAAAGGAAUUUCCUGUAAUUCCAUUGCCUUAAUCUUAAGAUGUAUAACAUUUGCGUCCUUUUUUAAAAUAGUUUCCAUCUAAUGGCAAGUUUUGAUGUCAGGAGUAAUUUCAUCGUGCAUGACUUUGAUAAUAGUACUUCUCUACAUGAAAAUAGAUGAAUGAUCUCUUGCUUUAACUAUUGAUACUUGCUCAUGGCAUAGUUUACCACUCAAUGUAUAUACUGUAAUAGCUUUCUCAAAGGAGACAAAUUGCAGCUUUUCUGUAGGAGUCUGUUGUUGGUAGGGAGAGCGCCUCAGCUUGCCGUGGUACAUAAUUGUUUGUAGACCAGAUAAAGCAAAAUUGUUUUUUUGGUGUGGCUUCAGGCAUCUUUUAUUAUUUUUGGAUUGAUUUUUAGAGAUUAUUAAAAAUGAUCCAAUCAAUGUAUUUAUAUACUUGUCUUUUUUUGUGAAUGAUUUUGUUUAAUGAGGAGAACAAAUGAUAUUUCUAUGUUUGUUUGGUAAAAAUGAAAAAUAAAUCAGAAAUGCUUGAUA